GGCUCUCUUUGUGCACUGUGUGCUGCUGGCUCUUACCAGACUCCGACGCAAUAGGUGCUAUGCUCUGCGAGCUGUAGCGGCGGCCUACGCGAGAGCAACUCGCGCGACUGAUCAACGCAGCGUCUAAGGCCUGGAUCGCUGCUAGUCUAAGGCCAAUCUCUGCAGCCGCGGUUUGAGCCGCCGCAGUCACUAUCGACAGUAACAAUUUCGAUAAAUGCGCCCAGCGGGCCCGACUACAGCAGGGCGCGCCUAGCGCAAAGGUACUAGCCUCAUUUUAUCGAGAGGCACAGUCCGCGUGGUAGUGGACGACCCGCGUUUCAGACACGGAGGUAGUCAAAUAAUUUACCCUUGCUUCGACCUGAAGAGAUUGAAAGUGAGUCUUGGCCCCUCUGAAAGCCUUGAAAGUUGAAACCUUACCUUGCUGCAUUUGGCACCUGGCAUUUAACGCAGCCGCUGCAAUGACACGUCUCGCGCUUAAAUUUGCCCUCGUCGUGACGGCGGCGUGGCCCGCCAUAGCAUUAUCCACGUCGGCAUCGUGUGGUCAGGAGAAAGACGCGUUUACGGACCUCGAGUACGUAAACUGGCAACGCGCCGUCGACGCGUACGACAAGGGCUUCGGCCCGCUCACGUCGCAGGCGGUGCCGACCCUCCUCGACCGGGCCGGAUUUCAAAAAGACGGUGUGCUAUUGAGCGGCAUGUUGAAGGAGGUUGGCAGCCUGCUGGACGUCGCGUGCGGCCCCGGCCAGGUCCUCGACGCCGCGAUAGCUCUAGCCGGCAGUGGCGGCGCCUACACCGCGCUCGACUUCUCCCCCAACUUUCUCCGACUCGCCCAGGAACGUCUCAGCGCCAAAUACCCAAACACGCCGGACCGGGUGACCUUGAAGUUCGCGCUGGGCGACGCCCAGGCCAUGCCGCUGCGCGCCGCCGCGUUCGAUGCCGUGACGAGCAACUUCGGCAUCCUGCACCUCUCCGACCCGGACGCCUUUCUGGCGGAGAGCUACCGCGUUCUCAAGCCGGGCGGGCGGCUGGCCUUUUCGGCCUGGGCGGCGCCGCCGGCCACCGAGGGCUUCGACCUGGUCCUGGGCGCCGUGAACGCCGCGGGCAAUCCGAACGUCCCGCUGCCGGCCGGGCCGCCGUUCUUCCAGUACGCGGAUCCCGCGACGGUGCGCCGGGCCCUGGCAAAGGCCGGCUUCGUCGACGUCGACGUGACGACCGUGGAUUGGAUGGAGUGGCACGUGGACUCCGCCGACGAGCUGUACGAGAUAUUCCUCGAGGGCACGGCGCGGACGCGGGAGCUCCUGCGCGGCCAAACCGAGACGGAGGCGGAGGCCGUCCGAGAGGAGCUGAGGCGACGCUUCCGUGAGCGGCGCGGAGCUCUGCGCAUGCCGGCGGUGGUCUCGUCCGGGCAGAAGCCUCUGUAGCCCCCAUCCCCUCUGCACACCCUGCGAAAUUAGAAGACACAAGUUAACACACGACGU